AUGUCCAACAAGCGCAGCAACAGCUUCCGGCGGGCCAUCCUCCAGGGAAGUCGUCAGUUGAAAGAGGCCGGGGCCCUGGGGGAGGAGGUGGGUCUGGGUCUGUCCCAGAGGCUGGUGAGGCACAUCGCCUACGAGACCCUGCCCCGGGAGAUCGACAGGAAGUGGUACUUCGACAGCUACACCUGCUGCCCACCACCCUGGCUCAUCCUGGCUAUCACCAUCGCUGAGGUGGCAGUGUUCAUGUACUAUGGCCUGCAGUUGGACCGCUGGGUGCUGCAGGUGUCCAGUCCCCACUUCCUGAGGGGCCCGCUGCCCUACCACCCCCAGCUACGGAUUCAGGCCUGGAGAUACCUCAGCUAUGCCUUCAUGCACGCAGG